CAUGCCCGUUGGCCAUCAUGCCUCCUAUAUAGCCUCCGUCCACCCUAUCCUCCUCUCCUUCGCACGUAUUCCCCCUUCUCCUCCCCUGGUCACCGACGGGAAAAGCAAGAUGGACUACAUGAAUGGGCCAGGCCGGAACCACCUGUUCGUCCCUGGGCCGGUGAACAUCCCGGACCAGGUGAUCCGCGCCAUGAGCAGGCAGAACGAGGACUACCGCUCGCCGGCGAUCCCUGCCCUCACCAAGACCCUCCUGGAGGACGUGAAGAAGAUCUUCAAGACCACCACCGGCACCCCCUUCCUCUUCCCCACCACCGGCACCGGCGCCUGGGAGAGCGCGCUCACCAACACGCUCUCCCCGGGGGACCGGAUCGUGUCCUUCUCGCUGGGGCAGUUCAGCCUGCUGUGGAUCGACCAGCAGCAGCGCCUCGGCUUCAGCGUGGAUGUGGUGGAGUCCGACUGGGGCUACGGCGCCGACCUCGGCGUCCUCGAGUCCAAGCUCCGCAGUGACUCGCAGCACACCAUCAAGGCCAUCUGCAUCGUCCACAACGAGACCGCCACCGGCGUCACCAACGACCUCCACGCCGUGCGCAAGCUCCUCGAUGCGUACCGGCACCCGGCGCUGCUGCUGGUGGACGGGGUGUCGUCCAUCUGCGCACUGGACUUCCGCAUGGACGAGUGGGGCGUGGACGUGGCGCUGACGGGGUCGCAGAAGGCGCUGUCGCUGCCGACGGGGCUGGGAAUCGUGUGCGCCAGCCCCAAGGCGCUGGAGGCGGCCAAGACGGCCAAGUCGGUGCGCGUCUUCUUCGACUGGAAGGACUACCUCAAGUUCUACAAGAUGGGCACCUACUGGCCCUACACGCCGUCCAUCCAGCUCCUCUACGGCCUACGCGCCGGCCUCGACCUCCUCUUCGAGGAGGGCCUCGACAACGUCAUCAAGAGGCACACACGCCUCGGCACCGCAACAAGGCUGGCGGUGGCAGCGUGGGGGCUCAAGAACUGCACCGAGAAGGAGGAGAACUUCAGCGACACGGUCACCGCCGUCGUCGUGCCGCCAUACAUCGACAGCAGCGAGAUCGUCAAGCACGCAUGGAAGCGGUACAACCUCAGCCUCGGGCUCGGGCUCAACAAGGUCGCCGGCAAGGUCUUCAGGAUCGGCCACCUCGGCCACCUCAACGAGCUGCAACUUCUGGGUUGCCUCGGCGGGGUGGAGAUGGUGCUCAAGGACAUCGGGUACCCGGUGAAGCUUGGCAGCGGCGUGGCGGCCGCGGCGGCGUACCUCUCGAAUUCCACGCCCCUCAUCCCCUCCAGAAUCUGAGCAAAUUCCACGCACAAAAGCAAGGGGGUCGCGAGGAGAAGAACAAACACGUACAGUGUGCCCUGCUUGGGUCUGCUGCUGGGCACACGGCAGAGCACAGCAGAGCAGGCGUAGUAUUAUACUCUCUCUGUAUGUAAAGUUAAUUUUCACACACCCAUCUAUGCUAAAGGAGUAUAAUUUCGUCAACUGAAGCUUUAAUUAAAGGAAAUUGAACCCGGAGUAUUAUUA